AUGGGCCUCUCAUUACUUUGCCUGUGUGUGCUGGUGACCCUGUGUGGCCACCGGGGGGUGCUCUCCCAGACCCCCUCCACCCCCUCCUAUGGCGAACGGGGCUCCGACCUGGGGCUCCAGGUGUUCCAGCAGGUGGCCCGCUCCAGACCCCAGGAGAACGUGGUGCUCUCCCCCCACGGUGUGGCCUCCAUCCUGGGCAUGCUGCUGCCAGGCGCCCAUGGAGAGACCCGCAGGCAGCUCUUCACAGCACUCCGCUACAAGAAGAAUGGUAAAACUCCCUCAAUACUAGUCCUUUCAUAGCCUCAUCCAGUGUCUCUCAUUAAAGGGAUACUGCGAGAUUCUGCCAAUUAAGCCACUUUUCUUCUUACCCAGAGUCAGAUGAACUUGUGGAUACCAUUUGUAUGUCUCUUCUUGCAAUAUGAAGGAAGCUAGAGGUAGUUUCGUGAGCCAAUGCUAACUAGUAUUAGCACAAUGACUGGAAGUCUACAGGUACGCUAGCGAAUGCUACUGUACCUGUAGACUUCUAGUCAUUGCGCUACCCAGAGUAACAACGUGAUGAUGGCUUGAACGACAUGACUUCCAGUCAUACUUCUACCCUGAGGAACGACAAUGUUUUCAGAAAAUCCCAAAAUGUCUCAUUGAAAUUCCUCAACUCUUCUUUCCAGGCCCUUAUAAGAUGUUGAGGAAGCUCCACAAGACGCUGACAGCCAAGUCCAACCAGGACAUCGUGACUAUCGCCAACGCUAUGUUCUCCCAGCAGGGCUUCCUUAUGGAGGAGGCCUUCAUGUCCUCCAACAGGGCCAACUUCCAGUGUGAGAGCCGGACCUUGGACUUCACUGACACCCAGGUGGCUGCAGCCACCAUCAACAACUGGGUCAACAACCAGACCAAAGGUGAGACUCCAACUGGAGGCAAGCUUACUGUAGAACAGUCAAUUAAAACAUGACCAUAGAUCUCUAAUGGUAUGUAAUUAGGCUACAUUCAUGUAGCACCAGACUUUAUUUCACUAGGUUUUGUGGUGAUUUUACAUUCAAAUGGGGGCAACUAACUUGUCCUAUUCAAUUCAUUAAGGUUUAUUUUGGUCAGUGUGUCAUUGGUGUUGGAAUGAUACAUUUUUCUGACUGCUUAAUUUACAGGCCACAUACCCACUCUGGUCAAGGCAGACAUGUUGGACGGAGCUCUGACCCGCCUGGUGGCCAUCAACGCCAUCUACUUUAAAGGCCUGUGGAAGUCCCGCUUCCAGCCGGAGAACACCAAGAUGAGAACCUUCAACGCGGGAGACGGCAAUGCAUACAAAGUCCCCAUGAUGUCCCAGCUGUCGGUCUUCAACAUUGGUGAGUUCUGCUCUGAGACACCACUCUGAACCCUUCUGACCUGCUCACUGGGAUAAUAUUCUGACCUGUGUGUGAAAUGAUAUACUGUACUAGUCUGCUCUAGUUAGACCACAUAAUUCUAUCUUGGCUGUAGUUUAGCCUGUUAAGUGACAUGGAUAGAGUUUGCCAUGUAGGCCUAAGAGUAGUCGAGUGGGGUAUUUAUCAAUGCCUUACAGUUUCAGGACAGAAUAGCUACUCUGGACCGUCUGGGAUUAUUUCCCUGACGUGCCUAGUUUAUUUCUGAUAAUAAAUUGUGAAAGCCUCUUGAAUACAAUUACUGGAAUUAAACAUUGCUCUUGGGAGUUAUAUUUUCAUCCUCCAUUUACAGAGAAAAUACUACAGAACAUCACAUUUGGCAAGCGUACUUCUCAGUCAUGACAGGUUAAAUCACUUUUCUGUGGGUUGAUAUUUGAGUAUAAUGGGAACCAUAUUGUUGCUUUAUGACUACAUGUGGAGUUCAGCUUUGAUUACUUGUUUUAUGGCUGUUUUACUGCAUGAUUGUAUAUGGUCCUGUCUAUGAAUGCUUGUGUUGUUGGAUUGGUAUCACUGGUUUUGGCGUCUUUGUCUAGCGGACCACCCCACCACAGAUUGUCCUGGGAACCAACAAACGCCAAACUAGACUAAACUCUUUAACAUACAACUGUAGCUCAGUUGGUAGAGCAUGGUGCUUGCAACGCCAGGGUUGUGGGUUCGAUUCCCUCUGGGGGCCAGUAUGAAAAAUGUAUGCACUCACUAACUGUUAGUCGCUCUGGAUAAGAGCGUCUGCUAAAAUGACUAAAAUGUAAAUAUUCAUAUUACUAUAGGGGAGAGAGAGUAUUUAUUCACAAGAUAAAUAUCCUCAUAUACUGUAGGUGUUGAAUAAUUUCAGAUGGACCAUGAAUACAGUAACACUUCUUAGCCUACGGUAUGGAUACUCCUCACCCCUGACCCCUUAUCUCCUAGGUCUGGCCAGCACACCCAAGGGGCUGAAUUAUAAGGUCAUUGAGCUACCGUAUCACGGCAACAGCAUAAGCAUGCUGAUCGCCCUGCCAUCGGAGGAGGACACGCCCCUAGGUGAUGUCAUCCCUCACAUCAGCACAGCCACUGUACAGAGCUGGUCCAAGCUGCUGCACCAGAGGAAGGUCCGCCUGCUGCUGCCCAAGUAAGACCCGAACACAACAACCCACUCACUGGUUCAAAAACCCUUACCCAGGAUCCUGUUCAGGAGGAUGCAAUGUUCUGAACUCAUUGCAGGUAAAAAUAUAUUGUAUAGAGCUGACGUUAUUGCCCACUACAUGAGAGAAGUGUGUCUGUAAUGUUGCACCCCAAUGACCAAGUAACUUCCAAGUAUUGUUGCAGGGACAGGUCAAAGACAAGACACACCCACUCCUGGCUCUUAUAGCCAGGAAGCACUUCCUAUCAGCAAAUAACACACCCGCUAACACUCAUCAUAUGUCACACUGAAAUGACUAACUUCUAGGUACAACAUUGUGCUAUUUGUUAUGUGUAUUAAAAGUCUUCACUAAUUGGUGAAGGAAAUGGUCAUUACAUCAUUGGCCUGUAUGUGUAGGUUUACUGCUGAAGCCGAAGUGGACCUGCAAGCCUCCCUCUCAGCCCUGGGGAUAACGGACAUCUUUGAGGGCAAAGCCGACUUCCGACACCUCAGUGAGUGGCACUGGGAUCAUAAAUCAAACAUCACAUAGAACUGUAAUGUAUUCUUUCUGACUAUGUAUCAACCAACCAUUGGUCUCAGUUUGGCUUGACACAACAAUGACUGGAGCUAAUAUAUGAAAACAUCGUUGACUGUUUACUGCAAUGAGAGCUCCAAAUAGCCAUGAUUCAUGUCUAGCUGUCCGGUGUGAAGUGGUGAUGAAGCAUAAGAUGUUAUUUUCCUCUAACGACUUUGGCAGGCUUUCUUUUAUAUAAUAUUAUGGACCAGAAUAAACGUGUGCAUAAUUGGGUUGUCCUCUAGUGCCACCAAGUGGAACAUUGUUUUUAUCAAUGGAACUUUACAGCACUUGAAUAUUUUGUCAUCUAACUUUUCCCUCAGGUACAGAACCUGUGUAUGUAUCUAAAGCGCUACAGAAAGCCAAGAUCGAGGUCAAUGAGGAUGGAACCAAAGCAGCUGCUGCCACGAGUGCGUGUUUGUUGGUUUAGUCAUUUUGUGUCUGUUUGUAUUGCAUUGAGUUGUGCAUCUGUGUGGAUAUUUUCUCUGAAUAUUAGAGAAGAUAAGGCAGGUUGAAGACAUGUUUUGAUUUGCAUUUCUCAUUUUCCUCCAGCUGCCAUCUUAAUGGCCAGGUCUUCUCCACCUUGGGUCAUCGUAGACCGACCCUUCCUCUUCCUCAUCCGGCACAACCCAACAGGUACAGCAUGCUGUCUGUCUGGCUCUCAUUUUUCUAUAACUUUUAGAAUGUACUCUAAUGGUUUUAAAGGACUGACAUCCUCUUUGGCAAAGAUCACUAGUUGUUGAACUAGCUGUUGUAUAAUUGACAUGACAUACAUCGGGAAGCAGGUCAGGUCAUAUUCUGUCUUUUUUUUUCUUAUUGACAUGCAUGCUAUGUUCAUUUCCUUCUAUUUGCUGUAGAAUGACUUGUUUCCUUGGUCCUCAGGUACGAUCCUCUUCAUGGGCCAGGUCAAUCAGCCUUGAGUCUUUCCUGCCUGCAGAUAUCCCUUUCACUGGAAUGUGCCUUCUGAGCUUCAGAAUAAUACAUUAAUAUACACAGCACACACUUCCUUGCUCACAUGCAAACACACCCAUACAACACACAAACACAAUUCACACUCAUACUCACUUGUAUUUUUGCCAUCUGGAGAUUUGUGUACAAUAUGGACAAUGAUGCUAUUUGUUUUAAAUGUUUGCAUUUUAUUUGACUUUUUCUAUGGUCCAUAAUAUAGUGUUCUGCCAAUGAGACAUUUCUGUAGUGUUUUAAAUUAUCUUUUGCAUACUUUCUAGAGUACUUGCUAACUUUUUUAUAUGACCCUGAAUGUCAAACAUGUAUAUUAUAUGGGGUACAUUUCAGUUUGAAUUAAUGUUAUUGGUGGUUUUACAUGUUCAAUUCCAGAUUGGAAAGUUACACUCCAAGUCACUGAAUUAAUUUAGCCACUCAAACCCAUGUUUUGAUAUGUCAAUCAUUUGCAUUAAACUCUGUUUGAGUACUCCUGUACUUUGUAUAGUUUUUUUUUCAUAUGGACUGUAACAAUUACCAUUGAGGUGGAUGAGUUGGUAUUUGAAAAACUGAAAAUAUUGAGGGGUGUGUCUAAAUAAACA